UUUCCAGCAAGAUCGGAGCAAAGCAAAAGCACCUUCUGACCGGCCUGGAAGUCACCUGGAAGUCCUGGAUAUUCUCCUCCUCAAACUUUUUCUUCUCCACCACCAUGCAGCCACAUCGGCCUUUAUAAAGCAACCCAAGCAAGAGGAUUUCUAACUUGUAUCGUGUCCUGUUGGUGGGUUGCCUUGGUUCUCGUGCGAAGAAGCGACAUGGAGUACAGCAGCUCCCCGAAGCCGCAGCUGUCCUCGCGGGCCAACGCAUUCUCCAUCGCCGCCCUCAUGUCCAGUGGUAAGCCGAGUAAGGACAAGGACGCCGGGCCGGACGGCAGCACUAUUAAGCCACUCGAGCAGUUCGUUGAGAAGUCUUCGUGCGGACAGCCGGACCACUCGACGUCAUCGACGGCGGCGUCUAUGGACGUCGUACAGCCGCUCGCCGGUGAGCUGUUGUCAGGGGUUGCGCCGUGUACGGAGCCGCUGAUCCCGAGCAGCCCGGGGGUUCCGUGCAGCGAGGAGAUGGCAAACAUCUCCUGCAGCCUCGAGACCAAAGAGCUCUGGGAUAAGUUCCACGAACUCGGGACAGAGAUGAUCAUCACCAAAUCGGGAAGGCGGAUGUUUCCGACCAUCCGAGUGUCUUUUUCUGGCGUAGAGCAGGAGUGCAAGUAUAUUGUGUUGAUGGACAUUGUUCCGGUGGACAACAAGCGGUACAGAUACGCUUACCAUAGAUCAUCGUGGCUGGUGGCCGGAAAAGCUGACCCUCCUCUACCUGCCAGGUUGUACGUCCAUCCAGACUCUCCGUUCAGUGGCGAGCAGCUGAUGAAGCAAAUGGUUUCCUUCGAGAAGGUCAAACUCACCAAUAACGAGCUGGACCAGCACGGACAUAUCAUCCUCAACUCCAUGCACAAGUACCAACCUCGCGUCCACAUCAUCAAGAAGAAGGAGCACACGGCUUCGCUCCUUAACUUCAAGUCAGAGGAGUUUCGAACUUUCGUCUUUGUGGAAACGGUCUUCACCGCUGUCACCGCCUACCAGAACCAGCUGAUCACCAAGCUGAAGAUCGACAGUAACCCAUUCGCCAAAGGAUUUCGGGAUUCGUCACGACUGACAGAUAUGGAGAGCAGGGAAAGUGUUGAGAAUCUGAUCCACAAGCACUCUUACGCCCGCUCGCCCAUCCGAACGUACGCCGGAGAAGACGACCGCACGCCCGAUGAUGGACACCCAACACACGCCAGAGGUUCCGCGUUCACAGCGUCGGACAACCUGUCGCUGAGCUCUUGGGUGAGCGGCAGCGCGGCGGGUUUCUCGGGUUUCCAGCCGCCUCCAUCGCUGCCACACCCCAUCCAGGGCCCAUUGGCGCCUUAUGGCCGACUGGCUGUCGGGCCACUGGCGCCUGCCGGAGGUGGUGGCGGACCGGCUUUCCCGUCCUUCCAUGUGCCACGCUACCACCACUACUUCCAGCAAGGGCCCUACGCCGCCAUUCAAGGCCUACGCCACUCCUCCGCGGUCAUGACACCUUUCGUAUGACUCGCCGCCCGACCCGGAUCGCCUCACUCUGGUCUCCUGUAAAUAGUUUGACCCUUGACUUGAGGAGCGCCGAUGAGAAACGGGAAGAAUGUGACACGGUUGAUCACAAUGACAGGAAAGGCAACAUCAAUACACAGCUUGGAUGUCAGUGGACAUUUUACAAAGGGCCACAAUCCAGAAAACAAAAAGGAUUAUACUACGAGAAUAGAUUUUUUUUUUAAUUAUUAUUUUAAGAGAAGACGAAUGACAAACGAAGUAACCCAAAAUGUGUGACUUUUUUCUAAAAAGAAUGUAUCACCCCCCACUUUUUUUUUUUUUUUUUGCUUAAAGCAACACUAGGUAACAGUUCAACCUUUAUGAAAUAUUGUCAUAACAUUUGUCAUGAUAUGUCGACUUACAACUAGUUGAAUGACACCUCUUUUAUAUCUUGAGGGGGUCUGUAUCGCUUUCACCAGCACAAAUUAACUUUGAGGAGGGUGGCAGGAACCCUGCCACUAGUGUUGUUAAUUUUACUUUUAAAAAGUAAUUAAUUACAGUUACAAAUUACUUCUCCCAAAAAGUAAUUGCGUUAGCAACUCAGUUACCUGAAUGUAAGGGUAAUUAGUUACUCGGCGUUAUUUUUUUCAGUAAUGAGUAAUCUAAUUACUUUUCUCAUCUU